CUUCCGGCCUCUCCCGGCGGCGCCGGGGCGCUCCGGGGCCGCGGGCACGGUCGGAGCGGCGCUCCCGCCUCGCCGUGAGACGGCUCCCCGCGGACCGGGCUGGGCCCGCCGUGCCCCGCCCGGCUCGCCGUGGCUCCGGGGGCGUAGGGGCGCGGCUCGCCCGUGUGUUCCGCGGCGCCAGGAGCGAGCUGCCCUCGGUGUGUGUGCGCACCGUGCAAGCUCAUUUAAGGAGAACAUCCUUUGCCUUGCGGUGUGGCGUCUAAACGCUGUUACUGUGCACAGGAGAACAGCUCGGUCUGUUUGUUACAGAGACUGCAAGAAGGUUCCCAUCUGGCAUGCUGCAAAUUCCACGGGGGGCAGCACAGCUGAAGCCGGCGCCGCUGCCAUGGUGAACGAGGAGCACAGCGGCGCCCUGCUGCUGCAGCUGGGGCCCGGCCUGCGGGCCCGCCCCGAGGAGCUGCUCCGGCAGCGGCGGGGCCCCGGCGGCCGCCCGGAGUUCCUGGUGCGCUGGAGCGUGCUCGGCCCGGAGCGGAGAGCGGCGGGAGGCGCCUCCUGCGCGGAGGGCGAGGCCGAGAGCAUCUCGCUGUGGAUGUCGGCGGAGGAGGUCGGCGCCGCCUGCCCCGCGCUGCCCGCCCCGAGGGCGCCGGGACGGCAGCGGGAGGCGCCCGGCGCGGGCGUCCCGCCGGACCGAGCCUGGCGCCUGGAGAUGGAGGCCGACGUGCGGGGCCUGGUGCGGCGGGCCCGGCGCCAGCUGGCCGAGGCCGGGCCGCCCGAGGGCUCCGUGCUGAGCACGCUGCGGGUGCUGGGCGCCUACGCCGGCAUCGGCUCCCUGGCGGGCGCCUUCGCGGAGCCGGGAGCCCUGGAGCUGCUGACGGCCUCGCUGCGCCACCGGGAGAGGCGGAUCCGCCGCGGCGCCGCCGAGAUGCUGCGAGCGCUGGGCGCGCACGGGGCAGGGGCCCGUGUGCUGCUGUCCCUGAUCCAGCAGGAUGGCAUUGAGCAGCACAUGGACUUUGAGAGCCGCUGCACCUUGCUGGAGCUGUUUGCUGAGGUCACAUCCCCUGCAGAGCACCGCCUGUCCUUCGAGGGGAUUCACCUCCCGCAGAUCCCCGGGAAGCAGCUGCUGGUGCUGGUGAAGCGCUACCUGCGCGUGACUUCUCUGCUGGACAGGCUGAGCGGCGGCGCAGAGCAGGGAGAGGAGCAGCAGGGCAGUGCCGUGCCCAGCGCCGUCCCUGAGGAGAGCAGCCCUGUGCAGCAGGAGUUUGAGUUCAGCAUGGCCAUGGCAAACCUCAUCUCGGAGCUGGUGCACGCCAUGGGCUGGAGCCACCGGCACGGGGCAGAGCCGCGGCCGCGCCCCGCGUGCUCCAUCUUCCAGCACCAGGGCCCAGCUGGCCCUGCCGUCCAGAAGCCUGUGUUGCCUUCCAACCCUGGUCCUCAGAAAAAGCAGGGCUGUGCCUUCCUGACUGCGUCAGACUUCGCAGACAGCCGUGACUACGUGGAGUACCUGCAGGCAAACCUGGUGCGUGGCAUGCGGGUGCGCUUGCUGGAAGACUGCGGCGACGUCAGAGCUGGCGAGGAGGGCGAGUUUCUGCAGAGCACAAGCAGCAUGCACAUGGUGCAGGUUUUGUGGCAGUCAACGGGCCAGACCCACUGGAUGCGCUGGCACAUACUGGAGAUCGUUGACUUUGGGGACCAGUGGGAGGAUCCUGCUCAGGAAAAGGAAAACAGUGUGAGAAAGAGCUUUAAUGUAGACACAGCUCCACGGCCGUUCCUGCGCAGGCCCCGGGGCGGGCUGUACUCCCUGCCCUACCUGGGGCAGCCGCUGCCCGGGGCUGCGGAGGCGCUGAGCCGCGCCGAGUGGUGGGAGCUGCUCUUCUUUGUGAGGAAGCUGCAGGCACAGGAGCAGCAGGAGAUCGCCUCUCUCAUCCAGCAGCACCGGGGAGAGCAGGUGGACGAGGAGGCGCUGCCGGAGCUGUCGGUGCCCGCGGAGCUGGCCCGGAAGGUGCUGCAGGCGCUGGAGCAGCGGUGCCAGGGCCGCUCUCUGCGGGAGCUGCGCGGCUCCCGCGUCUACGCCCGGCUCUUCCCCGCUCGGGGCCCGGAGCGGGGCGGCGCAGGGAGCGCGGCGGCGCCCUCGGAGGGCGGCAGCGGCCCCGAGGGCGCCGCGGCCGAGGCGGCGGAGGGAGAGCGCUCUGCGGCCCCGGGGCCGGCCCAGGCCCGCGGCGCGGCGGUGCGCUCGGACUCGCAGCUCUUCAGCGAGCUCCUGGAGAGGGAAGGGCUGCUCCUGCCGGAGGCGUCGGAGGAGCAGGGCCAGGCGCUGGGCAGCUCCGAGGGCCCGAGUGAGGGCGGCUCGCUGGCCGAGAUUGCGGCUCUGCUGGACGGGAUCCAGAGCAGCAGCUCGGCGCUGGGGCUGCGCUUGGCUGGGCUCAGGCGCAUCCUGAAGGUGCUGGAGGAGGAGCCGCAGUGGGAGCAGCAAGUGGGCACAGCCCAGGGCGGGCUGGGCAGCGGCGGUGCCGGGGAGAAGCUGGUGCAGGUGGCCGUGGAGCUGCUGAGCUCGGAGGCGGCAGAGAAGGCGCUGGUGGCGGUGACGCUGCGGCUGCUGGCCGUGCUGCUGCUGGCCCGCCGCGAGUGGCGGGUGCCCUUCGCCACGGCGGGCGGCGUGCGGGCCGCGCUGGCCCGCAUGCGGCAGCACGGCCGCUCGGCGCUGGUGCAGCAGGCCGGGCUGGCGGCCCUGAAGGUGCUGCUGGGAGCCGCGGACGCCGAGGCGGGAGGCGCCGGCGGGACGCGCUCGCCCUGGAGCCGCGGCGACGCGCAGAUGAUGCGGGAGAUCUUUGCCAGCAUCGGCUCUGCCUCCGGCGAGGGCUGCGCCGGCCUGCUGAGCAGCAUCCCUGCGGCCCUGAGCGCCGUGCAGAGGGUCCCAGGGGGCUCAUCGGCGGUGCAGAACGGGCUGCUGGUGGUGAACGCGCUGGUGGACGGGCACCGGGGCCUGGCGGAGCAGCUGGCGAGCGCCGAUCUGCUGGCGGUCCUGCAGAGCUGCUGGAGGGCCGGGCCGAGCGGCGGCUGCCCGCGGGCAGGGCUGGCCCUCAGCGCCCUCAAUCGCCUGGCGGAGCACGGGCUGCCCCCGGGCCCGGAGGCGGCAGCAGGCAGAGAGGUCCCGUUGGACCCGGAGGGCGUGCGGGAGCUGCUGGGUGCCCUGGGCGACGGCAGCCUGUCCAAGGAGGUGCUGGUGGCCCUGGAGCGGCAGCUCUGCGGCCCAGGCCCUGUCCCCUCUGGGCAGGGGGCGCAGCUGCUGCGGGACCGCGGCUGCUUCCAGCUGCUGCUGCGGGGCCUGGAGCUGCUGGGCUCGGAGAGGGCUGCGAGCCUGAGCAUCCUCAGGAUCCUGAACAAGUUCCUGGACAGUUACGAGGAGGAUGUGCUGCCUUGGCACGAGUGCGUGGAGCCCUGCGUGUCCCUGCUGAGCAGCCACAGCAGCAGCUGGGAGGUGCUGCAGGAGGUUGUUGGCUUCCUGCACCGCCUGGGCAGCGCCAGCAAGGACUGUGUGGUGGUGAUGUGCCACGUGGGCGCCCACGAGGCGCUGUCCAGAGCCCUGGAAAAGCACAGCACGGUCCCGCCGCCGGCGCCGGCCCUGCUCGAGCUGCUGGCAGAGUGUGAGAGGUACACCGGGCUCUACAAGGAGCUGAGCAGCAGCGUCCUGGCCGGCUGCAUCCAGCUGGUGCUGGGGCAGAUCGAGGAGCACCGCCGCAGGCAGCAGCCCAUCUGCAUCCCCUUCUUCGAUGUCUUCCUGCACAACCUGUGCCGAGGCUCCAGCACGGAGGUGAAGGAGGACAAGUGCUGGGAGAAGGUGCAGGUCUCGUCCAACCCCCAGCAGGCCGGCAGGCUCACGGACAGGAACCCCAGGACCUACUGGGAGUCCAACGGCAGCAGCGGCUCCCACUGCAUCACCGUGCACCUGCAGGCUGGGGUGGUGAUCAGGGAGCUGAGCAUGCUGGUGGCCAGCGAGGACUCCAGCUACAUGCCAUCCCGGGUGGUGGUGCUGGGCGGGGACAGCCCUGCCACCAUCAGGACGGAGCUCAAUGCGGUGAGCAUCCUGCCCUCGGACAGCAGAGUGGUGCUGCUGGAGAACAUGAGCCGCUUCUGGCCCGUGGUGCAGAUCCGGGUGAAGCGGUGCCAGCAGGGCGGCAUCGACACACGCGUGCGUGGCAUCGAGGUGCUGGGGCCCAAGCCCACCCUGUGGCCCCUGUUCAGGGAGCAGCUGUGCCGGCGCACGCUCCUGUCCUGCGCCGCUCGCGCCCACGCCUGGAGCCAGGAGAUCCGCCGGGACCGGGGCCAGCUGCUGCAGCUCUUUGGCAGGCUGAACGGGGCGCUGCAGCACGAGCAGGCCUUCGCCAGCCGCUUCCUUCCCGACGCCGAGGCAGCGCGGGCGCUGGGCAGGACGUUCUGGGAGGCCCUGGUGACACCCCUGGUGCAGAGCAUCACCAGCCCAGGCCCCGCUGGCGUCAGCGCCCUGGCGUGGCUGCUGAGCGAGUACCUGGAGAGCGAGGAGCUGCCGGGCCGCGCCGCGGGCCGCGGGGCCGCCCUCGGGCCCAGCGUGCGCCGCCUCACCCGGCUCCUGGUGCACGUGGACCCCGGCGGCGCCGAGGCGGAGCAGAGCCGAGCAGCAGCCGGUGGGAAGGAGGGCAAGAACAAGGAGGAGCUGGCCAGGAGUGCACAGGCGGCGGUGGAGCAGUCGAGCGGCCUGUGGGGAAUCUCGCAGUGCUGGCGGGGCGUGGUGCAGCAGCAGGUGCAGCGGUUCCUGCAGGCGGCGGGGCAGGCGCCGGACCUCGCGGAGCGCUACUGCCGGCUGUACCAGCGCCUGCGCGGGGCCACGGAGGAGCUCUUUGGCCAGCAGGCCGCCUUCGUGCUGGCCCUGGGCCAGGGCUUUGCGGGGGCUCUGUUGCAGCUCUCCUUCCUGGCCGCCCUGCACGUGAGCGAGCAGUUUGCACGCUACCUCGACGUGCAGAUCCGGGAGCUGCGCGGGGCCGCGGGCAGCGCGGGGCCUCCGGAGCGGCUGCAGCGGUUCCUGGAGCCCUUCGUGGUCUUCAGCGGCCUGGAGCUGGCCCACAGCUUUGAGCACUUCUACAGGCUCUACCUGGGGGACCGGCUGCUGGCACAGGGGCCCUCGUGGCUGGAAGGAGGCGUCGUGGAGCAGUUGGGGCUCUGCUUCCCCAGCCGCUUUCCCCAGGGGAUACUGAGCGACCUGGCCGAGUCGGAGGAGCUGCAGCGCCAGUUCCGCCUCUUCCAGCUGCAGGAGCGGGACCGGCGGCUGCUGGAGACGGGCACGGGCCCGGAGGAGGUGCUGGGAACGGCCCCAGAGGGGGCUGAGGUGGCCGAGGUGGCGGUGCUGGCCCUGUCCCCACGCUGCUGGCCCGUGUCCCCGCUGUGCUACAUGGAGAACCCCGCGAGGAUUUUCCCGGCGGCGCUGAGCUCCCCCCUGGAGGAGUUUGCUGACUUCUGCCGGCAGAGCCAGAGCCAGCCGGGCUGGGAGGGCACCAAGCCCUGCCGGCUGCAGUGGACGUGGCUGGGCCACGCCGAGCUGCAGUUUGGAGACUGCGUGCUGCACGUGUCCACGCUGCAGAUGUGCAUCCUGCUGCGCUUCAACAGCGCCCAGGAGGUGUCUGUGGAGGCCCUGCUGCAGGCCACGGGGCUGCCGGCUGAGCUGCUGCACCACGCGCUGACACCGCUGACCCACGGGCAGGGCGUGCUGCAGGGGAGCUGCACUGCUGGGGGUGCCCUGCGGCUGAACCGGGCAGCGCUGGCGCAGGGCUGCGGGCGCCGGCUGCGGCUGCUGCCCCGGCAGCGGUACCUGCGCACGGAGAGGGCCGAGGUGAGCGCCCUGGAGAGGAAGAGGAACGUGCUGUGCUGCCUCAUCGCCCGCAUCCUCAAGGCCGAGAAGCAGCUGCACGUGGACAGCCUGGUGUUCAGGGUGAUUGACGCCUGCCAGAAGGGAGAGCUGGGGCCUGGUGUGCAGUUCCUGAGCUUCUGCUGCCACAGCGUGGACGUGCUGUCCUGCAUCCUGCACCUGCUGCACCAGGGCUACGUGCGGCGCCAGGAGGGGCGGCCCCAGGUGCUGGAGUACGUCUGUGCUGAGCCCACAGCCCCUCUGGGAGGUCAAGCACAGAUGACAUUCCAGUGCAGGCCAGCCCAGGAAUCUCUGGAGGAGGACAGCAGAGACAGCCUGCAUUGGCAGAGCCCUGGCACAGACAGGGCAGAAGAAUAUCUCAUGGCAAUGCUGCAGGAGCCCACGGGGCACACGCUCAGUCCUGAGGAGGCCAAGCUGCUCAUGAACCAGACAGUACAGCAGGUCCAGGAUACUCUGAGCAUAUCGGAUGAUGUUGCUCAGCACCUCCUCAUGCACUGUAGGUGGAACGUGGAUUUCCUGAUUCAGUCCUAUGUGGAGAACCGUGAGGCCCUGCUCAUCUCCUCAGGACUGCAGGUGCAGGAUGUCCAGCCUCCUCCCAGCCCUGGAACCCCCUGCCCGGUCUGUGUGAACCAGCUGUGUCCCACUGAGAAGCCACCAAUGCUUUGCUGCAUGCAUUACUGUUGCGAGCCCUGCUGGAGGGAGUACCUGACGACUCGCAUUGAGCAGAACCUGGUUGUGAACUGCACGUGUCCCAUCUCCGAGUGCCGCGCGCAGCCCACCACCGCCUUCAUCUACUCCAUCGUGUGCUCCCAGGAGGUCAGAGCCAAGUAUGAACAAGCCCUCCUCAGACGUUACGUUGAGUGUUGCUCCAACCUGACGUGGUGCACCAACCCUCAGGGCUGUGAUCAGAUCCUCCUUAAGGAUGGACUCGGUUAUGGAGCAGCCUGCUCCAAGUGCUCCUGGAUAUCCUGCUUCAACUGCAGCUUCCCAGAGGCCCAUUAUCCUGCCAGCUGCAGCCACAUGUCUCGGUGGGUGGAUGAUGAUGGAUACUACGAGGGAAUGACAAGUGAAGCCCAAAGCAAACACCUGGCCAAGCUCAUUUCAAAGCACUGCCCAAAUUGCCAGGCUCAGAUAGAGAAAAAUGAGGGGUGCCUGCAUAUGACAUGUGCCAAGUGUAACCACGGCUUCUGCUGGCGCUGCCUCAAGCCCUGGAGGCCCAAUCACAAGGAUUACUACAACUGCUCUGCCAUGGUGAGUAAAGCAGCCUGGCAGGAGAAGCGUUUCCAGGACUACAACGAGAGAUGCACCUUCCAUCACCACGCCAGGGAAUUUGCCAUAAGUCUGAGGAACAGCAUUUCUUCCAUCAGAGAGAUGCCAAAAGUUAGGAACUUGACUUUUGUUCUUGAUGCCUGCAAAGUGCUAGAACAGGCACGGAAGGUGCUGGCCUACUCCUGUGUGUACAGCUACUAUAACCAGGACACUGAGAGCAUGGAUAUUGUGGAGCAGCAGACUGAGAGCCUGGAGCUGCUCACCAAUGCUCUGCAGAUCCUCCUGGAGGAAACCCUGCUGCAGUACCAGGACCUGGCCACUGCCCUUGGGCUGCUGAAGGCAGAGCACUUCCGAGCGGGUUUGGAGCUGCUGCGGCAGAUCAGGGAGCGGCUCUUCGCCAUUCUCUGGCACUCCACGCAGGAUUUCCACGUCGGGCUCCAGACCUCAGGAGAUGCUGCUCAGAGAAAGCUGAAACUCUCCAAUGUGCCUGCUUCAGCCCUGGCGUGUGCAGGGCAGAAACGCAUCCUCCUGUGUGACUCCCCCAACACAGACGAAGGUGGGAAGGAGGAUGAGGAUGAGGAGUACGACCCACAGUGGCAGGACGUCUACGAUGACGAUGAUGACCUUGAUGAAGACAACUUUAUGAUGGAUAACGAGUCAGAUGGUGACUCUUACUUUGAUGAUGAUGAUAGCUUUCAUGGCUAAUACUGGAAGUGUUCUGCCACCUUGGACCCCUGCCUCUACUUUGUCUCAACCAGAUUGUGUGAGUGUUUUUCUUCAAAGGUAGGGAGGAGCUCUCAGGUGGAAGAAAACAUUUCCCCUGGAGGUUUCUUGCUCAGUGAUUCUUGAAUAUGCAGGAGCAUGCUCUGGGCAGCUGGUCUGUGUUCCUGUGGCCACCUCUCAGAAAGAUAUCUUGCCUUUUUCCCUCAUCUCCAGUGCUGCUUGUAGGUGUUGGAUUGAGUUAGAAGGUCACAGCCCACCUGCAGAGACAGGACCCUGUUAGAGGCUGCUCCUUGUCCCUGCUGUGCUGUCCCCAGGGGCUGGGCACAGGAGGGUGGCACGUGUCCCAGCACAGCACUGUCUAGCAGUGGCCAGUGUCUAGAAAUGCUGUAAAAAGUUGCAUUUACACUCCAGUUAAAGCCCCCCAACAGGAGCUGCUGGGAUUCUCUCCAGCCCCUGAUGGAUGUGGUUCGGUUCCUCUGGUUUAGAGGGGCUGCAUUUCUGCCCUUUGUUGGAGUUUUCUUUUCUUUUCUGAAGCAGCAAGGGCUGCUAUGAGUGGCACAAGUUUGGAGGAUUGUUUCAGUUUGUAAGUAUAUGCACACAUUUAUUUUAUAUAUAUAAUAUAUAUGCAGAGAUUGUUCAGAUACUACUGUAUCUUUGCAAAAAAAAAAAAAGAAAAAGACAACCCUGAGGAACAAGGGUUGAAAAAAGUUCUGUUUAAAAAAAUAAACAGUUUUCUUCUA